GAAAUUACCAUAAAGGAAAGAGAACAUCUUGCGACCUGCAACCAAACCCCUAUCAUUUCAUCUUUGCUCGUACUUAAAUUCCAUGGGAACCAAGUCCAGAGACUCCGAUUCCCUGUGGAGCUGGAAGGGAAACAUCAGGAAGAAGGAGGGAAAGCAAUUCCCUGUGUCAGAAUUCUUUCGCGAGAACAGCCGGAAAAUAGAGGACAUCGUAUUGGGCCCUGGGGUUGGCGCCGGAGUUGGAUGUGGAGCUGGAGUGGGUUUUGCUCUAGUUGGAGGAAUCGGCUAUGGUGGCUGGCCAUGGAACCAUCUGAAGCUGGCGUUUGGAAUCGGCGCAGGUUGUGGCAUCGGUGUUGGAUUUGGAUACGGGCAAGGGAUUGGCUAUGGCCUUAGUUUAGAUUCUCUGAAAUCCCAUUUGUCCAAACAAACCUCCGAUUCCGACAAGAGGAGGAUUAUAGUUGCUAUAUGAUUUUAUCUUUCUUAUUUCAUCAUGAAACAAUUUCUAGUGUUCGAUUUUCAUUUUUUUCCCCCUUUAUUUCGUGUUCUUUAUGAAAAUUGAGCAAGUAAUCAUCAAUAACUAAAAUACUCAUAG